AUGGUCGAACCAUCUGUACCACGUCUAUGGCGUGCUGUUCUUCCUAUUUGCUUGAUUUGUUUUCUAUAUUUAUGUUCAUUUUUACUAUUUUUUUGUGCAACCAAUUCUUUAAUUUAUUCUACAGUUUGUCUUCUUCGAGCUAAUGAAUCAUAUUGUGCUGAAAUUGAUCAAAAUAAAUCGCUUAUAAUAUUAGAAGAAUCUAUUCAAAAAGAAAGUUCACAAUGGGCUCUAUAUGGAACACUUUCAUUUGCAAUUAUUGCUUGUUUUAUUUCACCUAUUUAUGGAAGUUUAUCUGAUACAAAAAAUCGAAAAUUUCCUAUUAUUUUAACAAUAUGUAAUGCUAUAUUAACAGGUCUAAUAAUCACAAUUGCAAGUAUUUAUCAAGGUACACAAUUAUGUUUAAUAUUAUAUAUAGUAGCUAAUAUUGUAAAUGGUUUUGGUGGUGGAACACUAAUUCUUAUUUCUUCAUGUUUUGGUUAUGCUACUGAUUCAUGUACGCAUAAAGAACAACAUGUUCAAAUGAUUGCUAUUAUCGAAGCAUCUUUAAAUAUUGGCGUUAUAAUUGGUUAUGCUUUGUGUACAUUUGUUUUUGAAUUACAUACUCGAAUAUGGCAUAUUUUACUUGUUCAUGUUCUUUUGUUGGUUCUAGCACUUGUUAUAAGUCUAGUUUUUCUUAAAAAUCGAUCAUUAUCACAACCAUCAACGAAUAAUCUAAGUCAAAAAAUAAUACAACCAAUAUAUGAUAUUCAUGAUUUAUUUGUUGGAUUAAAACAAAAUCAUUUACUUAUAUCAUUUCUCAUACUUUUAUUCUCACUUUUCUUCUAUGAUCUAUUUCGAAUGGGUUCAGGAUCUAUUGUUUAUUUAUAUUUACAUUAUAUGUCAUUUGAUGAUGCACAUUAUGCAGCAUAUUUUUCAUUUGAACAAUUAGCUACUUGUUUAGCAUUGAUAUUAUUAGUAUUAUUAAGACGACGAUGGAAGGUUAAUGAUCUUUAUUUAGCUAUUAUGGGUUUAUGUUUAUCAUUAGCUGCACCGAUAUUAUUUGCAUUUGCUCAAAGAAAUAAAGCGAUGAUUUUUGGAGCUAUUCCAUCAUCAAUGUUUAGUAUUUAUUUUGCAGUAUGUUUACGAGCAAUAAUUGCUCGUUUAGUCCCUGAAAAAGAUAAAGGUAAAGCAUUUAGUUUUGUUGCUUUAAUACAAAAUCUAGAUGUUGUGAUGGGUACAAUUGCUUGUGUGGAAAUUUAUCAAGCAUCGAUUGAUUUUUUUCCUGGUCUUGUUUUUAUUUUUGCUGCUACUACAAGAAUAAUUGCAUUAAUUUUCAUUUUAAUACAAGGAUUAUGUGUUAGUCGAACACCUGAAUUAUUAUCAAUAAUGCCAACUGAUGAAAUAGAAGAACCAAUUUUAGAAAAUCAAUCUGAUGACGACAAUAAUAAUGAUGAUGAAUUAAUUCAUGCAUAA